GUGUAUUGAACACAGAGCGACAAAGAUUAGCGACCGCAUCAGCUUGCUUGCGGAAGAAUGUGCUGUGCAGCGGCGGAGGCGCUGGUUGCUGAACGCGUCGUAGUGAUCAGCGCAUGAUGUGCUCGAGCAAGGCCAUUUCGGCGCCUUCUAGCUGCUUACGCUUAAUUUAGCCGCCGUGGCCCAUCGGCUGCAAUUAUUUGAUUGCCGGUGCUGACCACUCUUUAGAUAGCCUUCAGAUGGAUUUGUUCAGCGAUCUCCCCGAGCCAGAAAGCGUGUCCAAGGCUGUUCGGCAGGAGCCCGUGGCCAAGGAGAUCCGCCGCAAACUGAUCACCAAGGCCCAGAACGACGCACUUUUCGACGAUCUGCCGUCACCGUCUUCGACCGAGCAGGAGGUUCCUCCACAACCGAUCAAAAGGCCCCGGGAUGACGAAGAGCAGGAGGACGCGCAGAUCAAGAGGCCCACACAAAGUGUCAUCACGCUCCGUGGCUUCGUGGCGGAACGCAAGGGCGAGCGGGAGGACAUGCAAGAUGCGCACGUCAUCCAAGAUGCUUACCACGCAGACAUUCCUCAAUUGCACGGUUCCAUAUGUCGGCUUGCAUACUAUGCUGUCUUUGAUGGGCACAAUGGUUCCCGAGCGUCACGGCAUGCAGCUCAGCAGCUGCACCGGCAACUUGCCACCCGAUUCCCGAAGGGCGACAUGAGCCAUGUUGAAAAGGAAAUCAAGCGAACCAUCAUGGAAAGCUUCAAGAAAACAGACGAGGAUUUUCUCAAGAGAGCAGCGAGUUACAAGCCUUCUUGGAAGGAUGGCACCACAGCUGUUCUUGUGGUUGCCAUUGACAAUACACUUUACAUUGCCAACCUGGGUGACAGCAAGGCCAUCCUGUGCAGAUACCACGAAGAGUCGCAGAAGCACAUUGCGAUUCCUCUGAGCAAAGAUCACAGCCCGACAGACUACGGCGAAAGGAUGCGCAUCCAAAAAGCGGGAGGAUUUGUGAAGGACGGGCGAGUGCUAGGUGUGCUGGAGGUGUCUCGCUCUAUUGGUGAUGGCCAGUAUAAGCGGUGUGGUGUCAGCUGCCUCCCAGAUGUCAUGCGAUGCCAGCUGACGCCAGCUGACCGUUUUCUUGUGCUUGCCUGUGAUGGUCUCUGGAAAGUCUUCACAUCAGACCAAGUUCUUGCAAGUGUGCUUGCUACUUUACAGGAUGAGACAAUAGCGGCUGAAGGGGACAAGAAAAGGACACUGGAGCUGCGAUACGAGGCUGCCUGCAGCAAACUCGCCAAUGAAGCUGUGCGGAAGCUGAGCGGAGACAAUGUCACGGUUGUCAUAGUUCACAUUGACCAAGGCAGGCAGUGAAAUGCUUGUGCAGCUUUCCGGGUAUCGUUCACUGUUCGGUUCCCCACAGGCUCUUAUGCUAGCAAUAUUGCUUUUCCUUCAGCCUCGUGUUGUCUUCUUUUUUUUUUCCCCAGUUUUUCUUCUCCUAUUGAGACAGUCCCUGCAUCUCUUGCUCAUUUUCAUGGUGUUUUUCAUUAUUUUUUAAAUGCUGACAGUUGUCUCAUUUCUUUUGUGUCAUGGAAGUUCAUUGUUUUAUUUUUUGGGAAACACAUAGGCAAGUGUUACUCACUAGUUUGUAAAGAAAUUUGUGAACGAGUCUUGGGGUGUUAAUUAUUGAAUAAAUAUAGGCGCACAAGUUCACUGUGGUUCCAUUCAAUGUGCUCGAGUUCAUCAGAAAAAAAAUGGUUGUAAUGCAAAAAAUAGAACUCUGUACAGAGGAAUGUAUCGACGACAAUGCUGUUGCCACAUUAGCUUCCUUUCAUUGUCACUCAACACUGCCUGUGCAAAUUUCUGUUCAUCACACAAAUCUCGUGUUGGCGCACAUUUGUCAUGGGUUCCAUGCUGAUUUAGUUGUGAAGGAAAAUAUUUUUAGAAAAAUAUUAGCAUGUGCAGGCUCCUAACGGAACUUAGAAGUACAAUGAAAAAACAUGCAAUGUGUUGUCUAUGGCAAAUAUGGCAACCGUUUUGAUAGGUCUACAUUUCUUCAUUUUGCUUUGUCGUACUUUGUACUUUGAUAGCUUCUACCUAAUUUGUGUGUGCUUGUGUGUGUAUGUGGCAAUAAAGAAAUGGGGGCAACAUUUGCUUCCAACCUAUAUAGUAGUGAAUGUCAAGGAAAGCAAUGAUCAUUGAAUGCUUGUUUUUUUUUUCUUUGAUUAGUAUAUGCAACAUUUACCGUUUUAUUCAUUGAUUCUUGUGGAGCAUUGAUCAUGCAGCGUCGUUUGAAAGGCUGCCUCUCGUGGGAGUGCUUUCUUAUAUACUUAUGCACCGAUCGUGUGGGAGUUUUCUAGCAAAGGAUGUAAUGCGACACUCAUUUAUUUUUCAUGUUUUUUCCAUCUUGAAGUUUACACAUCCCUUUUAUGUGCUGCCUGUUCCUUAAAGGUUGCCCUUUAGGCAGCUGCACACAUUGAAAGAUUUCUGGUCAGUGGCUUGUUCUUGCAAUGCCUCAUUUGCCUGUUGGAAUUACUGAGCUGAGCUCCUUGUUCACGCUGUGGAAAACGCACACCCUAUCUUCCUAUUUUUAUUUUCUGUGAUGGAAGUGAUAUGCGACGUAUGCAAUGCUAAAGUGUUUUGAAUUGUCAAAACUAUUGCCUGUAUUCUUUGCAAAAUGUUAUGUAAUAAAGGAACAUACAUUGCCACAUA